GAAUAUAAUCUAGAAUUGGCUCGAGUUGCGUACAAGAAAAGAACAAUUUAUUUGGUUUGUCUUCGUAUGACUUCAUCAUUCUAAGAUGCUCAACAAUCAAAACACCGUGCUACGACUGAAUCACAUGUGAGAAUUCAAUUCCAGAAUGGAACAAACAAGAAAGCAGUUUCGCAUCCAGUAUUUCAACAACUUUGCUGCUUAUAUUAUAGCCUGCAUUCUAAUCCCAGCCAGUGUUAACUUGUCGGGGUAAUGAAUGUGUUGUUUUCCAAUAUGUUCUUAUUUUCGUUGAUAGGAAUUUGCGUGGCAUUGUACUACACAAUCCAAUUCAUCGCUUUCUACCUCUUGGAUUCGGAUAUUGAACUGUUCAUACUAUCGAAACUAGGCAAACCUAUUGAUACCCUUCGAGGCAAGGUAGUAUGGAUCACCGGGGCAUCGAGUGGAAUUGGACGCGAUCUCGCUAUCAUCCUAGCGAAACAUGGCGUUCGGUUAUGUGUCUCGUCUCGCAAACUGUCCGAGUUGAUGAAAGUUAAGCAGGAGUGUUUGGAUGCAUCCCGUGGUUAUCUACAUGCCAACGAUGUGUUUGUGCUACAAAUGGAUAUGCUGGAUAUUGAACAUCAUGGCAAAUAUUUCAAACAAGUUAUCGAUCAUUUCAAAACACUAGAUAUCCUCGUAAAUAAUGCGGGCCGUUCCCAGCGGGCUGAAUGGCACACUAUUCAACUGAAAGUGGACCGAGAGCUGUUCGAGCUGGAUGUUUUUGCCGUUGUUAAUUUGUCGCGGAUUGCGUUAAAUUACUUUCUCAAGAACUCUGUCCAAGGUCAAAUCGGUGUGACGAGCAGCAUCACAGGACUAGUUGGUUUCCCGAACUCUGCCACCUACACCGCUGCCAAGCAUGCCCUUCAUGGAUAUUUCGAAACACUUCAAAAUGAAGGAUUUUGUGUCGAUGUCACCAUAUUUUGUCCCGGACCGACAGCAACUAACUUUUUGCAGGAAUGUUUUACCAAUAAACCAGGAGAAAAAAUAAAUCAACGAACCAAUCCAGGCGACAGGCGCAUGACAAGUGAACGAUGUGCCCAUCUGUAUGCAAUCGCCCUCGCCAAUAAAACCUAUCUCAGUUGGGCCGGAAGAUGUCCAAUGAAUUUCAUAUAUUACAUUGGUUGUUACUAUCCAAACGUGAAACGAUUGUUGAUCAAAACUUUUGGUAUAGCAAACUUAGACAAACUACGGAACGGACAACCACUUGGUUCCAAUUGAAACAGGAAACGGAACUUUUUCUGUUCCGAAACACACAUUAUACUCAACACAAACUAUGUUACCCAUCGAUCGAAGAUAAUCACGAUAUUCCAGUAUAAACCGCUACAUGAUCCAUCAAAUCACGAACAAAGUUUUCGGGUUGUUUUGAACCUCGAUUGGCAACAGAAAAUUUUAAAAUAUCGAAGUGGUGAUUGUAUAAAAGUAGCCGACUAUAACAGUUAUUUAGCUGAUAGGGCCAGGGUCAAUUUCACUACGAGAGAUUCAAUUCAUCGAUUGCUAAUCUUCCUCGACACUAUGGGACAUGAGACAUAAUCUGUUGCAUGAGAGACAAUUUCCCGAUAUACAGUGAACAGCAUAAGGAGCCAUCCAUAUUUCUCCAGGUUUUCAAUUAAAAUACGAUACUUUUAAGCAAUAAUAUAUUUCCUAUGUAUUCUAA